GGUCCUCCUCUAUAUAUUUCUCCCCUCCUUCAUUUCUCAUUUUUUCUUAUUCUUCCACAUAUUCCACUCGCUUUUUUCAUCAUGAGGUUAUCCGAUCCUUUAACCCAGAUUAUCAUUGUGGGUUUCAUUUGCUUCUGUUGUCCUGGUAUGUUCAAUGCCCUCCAGGGUACUGGUACCUAUGGUCUUGAGCCCAAGCACUCAGAUGUUGGUAACAACGCUGGCACCGCUCUUUCAGUCGUGUUCGCCUUUUCUUCGCUCUUUGCCGGUGCGUUGUUCAACAUGUUCGGUCAUCGUCUCCUCCUCAUCCUCGGUGGUUUGACUUAUGUCUUGUACGUGGGAUCAUUCUUGGCCUACCACUACAUUGAAUCCAUUGUCUUUGUUGUCAUUGCAUCCUGCUUGCUUGGUAUUGGUGCUGGUUGGUUGUGGUGCGCCCAGGGUGCCGUUAUGAUGGGAUAUCCAGAGGAGGGACAGAAGGGCAGAUAUUUUUCCAUCUUCUGGGCUAUCUUCAACUGCGGUGGUGUCCUUGGUAAUGUCAUCCCGUUGGGUGUCCAAUGGAAUGACGAGAAGGGCGGCGGUGCCAGUACUGGCUCGUACAUCGGCUACAUGGCUGUUAUGACCUUCGGUGCCCUUAUCUCUCUCCUACUACUGCCUGCUUCCAAGGUCAUUCGCAGGGAUGGGUCUCAUGUCGUCAGAGUUAGAUAUUCGAGCCCCAUUUCUGAGCUCAAGUCUGUCUUAGCCCUGUUUAAGGACUGGCGCAUGUUAGCUCUCAUUCCUAUGUUUUUCAGCUCCAACUGGAUUUAUACUUAUCAGUUUACUGCCGUCAACGCCUUAAAUUUCACAGUCCGGUCUCGUUCAAUGAACUCCAUGUUUUACUGGUUGGCACAGAUCUUUGCCUCAAUUUUCUAUGGUUCCUUCUUGGAUCGCGCCCAGUGGUCCCGCCCAACCCGUGCUCGCUAUGGUCUCAUCCUCCUCACAGUUUUCUUAGCUGCCACCUGGGCUGGAGGUAUUAUCUUCCAGACUGGUUUUGGACCUCGCUCUGCUAAAAGGGAUGAAAAUGAUGUCUGGGUCAAGAAUCCUGAUGAUUUCUACCAUAUCGACUUGGUCAACAACACUAGAGAUUAUAUUGGACCUUUCUUCCUUUAUUUUGCCUAUGGUGUUGUUGAUUCUAUGUAUCAAGGUUACUCUUACUGGAUCAUGGGUGCCCUGACCAACGAUACCAAUCAGGCUGCUCGCUUCGCUGGCUUCUACAAAUUUGUCCAGAACUUGGGAGGUGUCCUAGCCCCCGUUGUCCAAACUUCCCGCAUCGGAAACGCUCCAUCAGAUGGUAGCAACGCCCUUAAUGCUGUUGGCCGUGGUAUGGGCGAGAUCAUUGUUUGUAUUGCCCUCGUCUUCCUAGGUAUACUUGGUGCUAUCCCUGUCGCCUUCAAGGCUGUCCAGGAGCGCACCAUUGAAGAGGAUGAUGAACUCGUUGGAGAGAAGCACGAGCUCAACUAUGAGGAGUAUAAAAGCUAAAGGCCCCUCGUCGUUGUCUUCUUGCCUGCUCUUUCUUCGUAUCUCCAUUUCUCAAAUGAUAAACAUCUAAUACCGGUCAUAUCAACAGCGCUGGAGGCUUUCUUCCCGUGUCUCGGUAAUCUAAGUAAUAAACCAUAUAGCUUUUUGUACAAUAUUAUCACCUUUAUUAUCAUCACCAUCAAACUACAACUAUAAUAAUAUUAUAAUAACUAUUAAAAGAAUGAUAA